AUGAUAAUGAGUCUAGCUACUAGUCAACACGAGGCUGACCAAGCCGAGGCCAGACAAGAGCAAUCCCUGAUCUUAUGUCAAGGACCCGGUAUCAAUAUUAGCAUCCAGGCCUUUGACCUGCGCCACUGCUCUCUUGACGGGCCCAGCGACUCCCCAGGAGGCCACCAAUCACCCUCGGCAUCUCUUGGUAGGGGCGCCAACCAUGCCAGCGAUGACACAGAUUCUCACUCGUCCACUGAACAGUGCAGCGAGAACGAAUCAUCUGAAAACGCGUUAGUCUCACCUCAAACACCUUUGAGACAAAUGAUCCCAACAUGGAUCUCGAGCCUCAUUUCAGUCUCACCCCGACUAACCAUUGAUGGAAGUCCUUCUCGGCCUCCAAGGUCGCCCAGAAUGUCCGACCCCUGGGAUAUCUACAAGUCAGAUACUGCUGUCGCCAAUUACCGCGCGAUCGGGGCCCAAUACCAAGCAUGGAUAGCCGACACAGCCACAACCCCAUGCCCAAUCCGCCUAUCAACACUCACCAUGGCAGACAUAGUCGAAAACCCGCACGAGGAGUACAGGUUCGAGGUAUGCCGCAACGAGUUCAGAUCCCCACCCGAUGAAGUGGGGGACCUCGAAUCGGUCGGGCUCUCGAUGGCAAAUACUUGGCGCCUCCUUUUCCUGAGGCGAUAUGGAUCCUGGGAUGACGAUAGCCGAGAGGGCUGGACGGCUUACCAGCACCGCACCGCACACGGCGCGAUCUUCGCUGAGAACAUCACAAGACACUUCGGACCUUACUGGUCCCAGAUCGCUCUGGCGCAGUACGCGUACGACCAUCACAUCGACACCCUCCGACAUGUUUAUGUAGUCAACAUUCAGAAUUUGUACACCUGGCCUUACGUGGAAUCCUGUCUUUACCCCCGUCAUGGCUUGCAAUGGUACGAUGACGAUCAAUACCAGUGCUGGGAAUACGGUACCAGGGAGUAUCAGGAGCUCCUGGGUACCAAGCUGGGAAGGGGGGUGGCGCGUCUGGUUCUGAGCGCUUGGCCGAGAGGCACUCACCGUAUCGAGGCAAUCAUCACGUGGACGUAUGUUGGGACCUUGCAGAUGCGGUUUGAUAUCGAGCGAAUUUGA